AUCGGUGUUGAUAGAAAAUUUGGCGUUGUUCUGGUGCGCGUUCUCAGAUGAAAAGCAAAUUCCCUCCAAAGCGCAACUUUUUUGUUGCAUCGUAAGCGAAACAAAAGUGUCCGAAAUCGGCGGCUGUGCUCAAGCGCUUCUGUGCUGUUUCAGUAAAGUUUAUUUCUUGUAACUGCGUGAUAUUGACCCUGGAAGCUUUGCUGGUGAGAAAGUCAGGAUGUCAGGUAUCUCGGUGAAUGACCAUCUGGAGGGGAUAUUGUCUGAUUUUGAGGCUCUGAAGAGGUCCUUUGACAUUGAUGAUGAUAUCCCUACGUUCUCCCCUUCAUCUUCAGUCACAUCUCCAAUGAGCCCAAGUUCAAUCCUCAACAAGACAAAUGAUGUGAGGAAUCCAGGGAAUCAGGUAUCCCCACCUUACCGCUCCAGGAUUAGUAUCAACUGCAGUCCUGCCCAGAGCCCUGUUAUGAGAAGCAGGAUGGUGUCCAGUCUCUCCUUCAACCGAGGGACAAUGGGAAAGCCCACCAUCAACGCCAACUCCGGGAUCAACCGAGCUGCGUCCUUCCAGAACAAAUUCAACCCUAAUGGCUUUAAUUCAUCUUCAGGGCCAGGUAGUGACAAUGACAGUCUCCACAGCUCUUCUUCUAGUUUGGAGUACCAGGCCUCAUCCAAACUGGGCUCCUACACCAGCCCUCCCCAGAGUCCUGUUGGUGUUGGGGAAUACAAAGUUCAACGCCUGGGCAGCCCUGCCAUGAAGAAGUACUCCUCCCAUGGGAACAUGUUCCAUUCGGAGCUGGAGGGCCCUCUUUUCAUUCCGACUGACCCUAUGGGUAUUAGUCAUGGCUCCAUGCCCUCUCUGGACCUCCAGAUGGCAGAGAUGGCAGGAAUGAGACGAGUUACUUCACCUGGGUCAAGAUUCACCAAUGUCAGUUCACAGUGGAACACAAUUCCUCACAACAUCCAGAACAGCAGUCCCUUUUCAAGAGACUCCUCUCUAAAUCAGCAGUCCUCUAAAUCUAAGGAACCAGUGCGUCUCCACAAGUUCCCACUUGACCUUGACAACCUGGUCUUUAAGUCUCAGAAAGAAUCGCCUGCAGCACCUCAACCACCACCAAGAUUCCACACGUUAUCCAACAGUCUGACUGUGUCAGCUAGUUCCUCAGCAUCCAUCAGCAGCUUGGACAGUACCGACCUAUCCAUGACCCACAACAACAAUAUCAUUGACAAGAAGGAGGCAAUCACUCCUCAUGGAGCUAUUCCAGUUCCCAACAUAAUUGAAUCUCCUCUUCUACUUUCUCUAGCCCAGACUCCUCAGUUCAACAUGGUCUCUAAACCACAAGUGGUCCAGGUGGCCCCUGUCCAAAUGGAGAUCAAGCAUGAUAUGGAUCAGGAUGAUGUCCAUGCCAAAGAGACUGUGGGCUCCAUAUUACAGAGAAUCGCAUCUUUCUCCAGAGUGGAGCAUCCGGUGGUUGAAGCUCGUCCUCUGGUCCCACUGAGCAAUGGCGUCAAAAAAGACACACCAGUAAUACGACACUUGGAGCCCAAGAGAUCACAGGACACGGCACAGGAUCUGGAUCUGGAACCAUCCGUCCAGAUGGAGGAGGAGAAGGAGGUCAUUGAGGAGAAAGAGGUGGAGGAGAAGAGAGUGGAGAUGGAACAUUCUCCGCCAUGCCUCGGUGAAUCUGACACACAAGGCAUUAUAAAGGGCAGAGAUCUGUUCGGAUAUGUUGGAAUUGAGGCGGUUUUGGACCAGAUGAGACGUAAAACCAUGAAGGCUGCCUUUGAAUUCAAUAUCAUGGUUGUUGGUCAGAGCGGGUUGGGAAAGUCGACGCUUGUAAACACGCUCUUCAAGUCCAAGGUCAGCAGGAAGUCCUCCACUCCCAACCAUGAGGAGAAGAUCUCCAAAACUGUCCACCUGCAGUCAGUCAGCCACAUCAUCGAGGAGAAAGGAGUGAAGAUGAAACUGACUGUGAUUGACACGCCUGGGUUUGGAGACCAGAUCAACAAUGAGAACUGCUGGGAGCCCAUUGUAAAGUAUGUCAAUGAACAGUACGAGAAAUACCUGAAGGAAGAGCUGAAUGUCAACAGGAAGAAAAGAAUCCCUGACAGCCGUGUCCACUGCUGCGUCUACUUCCUGCCGGCCACUGGACACUGGUUACGUCCCAUAGAUGUGGAGUUCAUGAGGAGAGUCGGGAAGAUAGUGAGCAUCGUUCCUGUGAUCGCCAAAGCUGACACGCUAACUCUCGAAGAACGGCUGGAGUUCAAACAGAGGAUAAGACAAGAUCUCCAGGCCAACGGGAUCAGAGUGUAUCCGCAGAGGGAAUAUGAUGAGGAUGCUGAAGAUCGAAUACUCAACGACAAGAUUAGGGAAAACAUCCCAUUUGCUGUGGUUGGAACCGACAAGGAACAUCAAGUGAACGGAAACAAAGUAUUGGGAAGAAAAACGAAGUGGGGAAUCAUUGAAGUUGAAAAUGUUGCGCACUGUGAGUUUGCACAUCUGAGAGAUCUUCUUAUUAGGUCCCAUCUGCAAGAUCUGAAGGAUGUGACUCACAACAUCCACUAUGAGAGCUACCGAGUGCAAAGACUCAAUGAAAGCAAUGCCAAUGGACUGGCCCUCUCACCUCUGACCUUUGAGAACGGUACCCUUGAGAAAAGCGACGCAGAGAGUCACCUCUGAAUGGGACGGAGUCCCUCACGCACCUUUUUCAAACAUGAUGGAAGGUCUAGGCGGUCUAUCCUGCCCCGUCGGAACGGGAAAGACGAACGUUCCACUUCUAGGUCGCCGUUAAUGGAAAAUUCACACGUUUGACUAAAGACAUUUCUGCUUUAGGCAUGUAAACUUCUAUUUUUGAAAUGAAUCUAUAUUUUGGUAAGGGAUCUGGGUUGUAGGCCUGAGAAAGCUGAUGAUGUGUUAUGAGUUGAAUUGAACCAGGAUUUUUCUACUUUUAUUUCCUCUCUCUUGAUACCUUUCUCACACUUCAAGUGUUCUUUGCCUCAUGCUCGGUUGAAUGAAUAGCACGGUGCGUUGGAAGAUUGAAAAACGUGUGUGCCUACACGCCUGAUACGCCACCGGAAGAAGAAAAUCCCAUAAUCCGUAUCUUCACAUAUACACUGAACCGGCAAUGUGACAUGUACCUUUAGCUCUUUGAUUUUCUAAAUUCUUCUAGAUUUUCUACAACAAAAUUACUUUUUUAAGUAAGAGAGAGUUUUUUUAGAAAAAAUAUUUUGUUACCAUAGCUGCUUUGUAGCUGAAGGUAUUUUCUUAACAGAGUCUAAUUACUGCUAUUCAUGAACAACUGCUGUGAUGAAACCCAAUAUGUUUAUAAAAUGGGAAGUAUUUCAAAUAUAACCUUUGACCUGGGGAGGGCUGGUGUCUGAUACUGCUAUUGAUCAAAUGCGACGAUGGACAAAGAAAUGAGGAAAUAUAGAUUGUCAAUGCAUACAAAUGUUUGAGGGGUCAAGUUUACAGUUAUUUUAUACAUAGAAAUGGUUUUACUCGCUAGUAAAGGUACACAUCAUGUUUACUUUCCCAUUCAGCGUCUUUGCUUUUUGAAGCUAAUGUACAUAACCAAAUUGUUUUGUACAACACCAUCAUGUUUUUUACCCGAAAUGUAUUAACAGCUUCAUCAUGGUUUCCUUGUUAUCAAUAUUAAUAUACAUGUAAACACGAUUGAGUUAUGAUUAAAAAAUUACCACCAUCAA